ACUGAACAUUCAACUGAACUUGUUAUGAAACUUGCUGAACAACAAAUGCGCCUAGAUAAAAAGUUUUACAACGGACAUGGACUGAAAAAGAGACCAUGUAUUAUUUCCGGUGACACUUCGAAGACAUUCUCGCGGCCAGGCUCGAAGAACACCGGACUUGUCCCAAUCGUUCUUAUGGCUACUUUUGCGGGCAGCUCCCUCAAUACAUUGUCCAGCAUGCAUCAAUGCUUUUCUGCCCCGGUUCUUACUACUGGCCAAAAUCAACAUUUCCGUGACUAUUUUUCUUACGUUCAUCCCUUUGAGCAGGGAUUGAUUACGGAAAAACGUUUUAUUUCGACAAUACCUGAAUGGAAAUCAAAUCACAGGAAUGCACAGCAGUACAUUAUUUGUUAUGAGUAUAUGGUGCCAACCUCCCAAAUUAAAGCAUGGCGUUGCUCAAGUGCCGCGGAAUAUGCCCUAGAUGAUGAUAAUCAAUUCAAGUUGACAACACUCUGCAAAAGGAAGAGGCAGGGAUGGAUUAGAGCUUUGAAGUUGCAUCCACAGUUCUAUCAUAACAUGGUCACCGAUUUACUGGAUUUUAGACACUCUUCGAAUUGUGAAGAAAAACAUUUGUUUGAUUCGUGCACUUCUUACAUGAAUAAAGGGUAUCAGAGCCGUGACAAUUAUAAGAGUUCAAGGGUCACUGUAAAUGAACAGGCGAUGAGUGCCUUGUAUGAAACAGACAGUCCAACCAAUAUCACUCCAUUCCAAACAACAGAGGGCAUAAUGCCUCCUCAAUUAGUGUCGAAGUCCUGUUUAUUCACAUGGUCUCCAGAGCCUGAUUCAACAGAAUAUACGGAAUUAGAUUGGAGCCCGAGAAAUGACUCGGAGCAACCUGAAUUACUAUUGAAGCCUGACUACAAUUCAAGCAGGACUUUCAUAUCAAACGCCAACUUGCAGCUGAAGCAAAAUAAUAAAAGUCAUAUCGAAAUAUCUUCGAGAGAUUCAUUGAUCUCAAGUAAUUUCCGGUUCCCGAUGGAUAAAUCAUCUUCUCAAAUCUCGAUUGAGAGGCCGCCCUCUGAAAGAUCCUACCAAUCAACGUGGUCCGUGGUGUCAAGUAAACGCGGAAGGAAGGGGAGGAGGAUGUCCGGGGCAGGUUUGAACUUCACAAAGCGGUUUGGCAUAAGCAAGGUUCAGAAGGACUAAGAACUUGUGUAUAAACCUAUCGUCAUUGGGUAGAAAGGUCGAAUAUUUUUUUCCUGUUCUGUUCUGUUUUGUUGCAUUAUUGUUAAAGUAUACGCAGUAGUCUAGGCUCAUUUAAUAGCAUACAUACAUCGCAUGCUGACCCAGUGCUGACCAGUGUUGAAUCAUUUCGCAUGGAGUGACUUGAGUAGCCUUGGCAUCAACGACAAAAUCGUCAAUC